UCUUUGACAAGCACGUGCAGUGUACACGCGACCGCGUGAGCGUGACCUACUGUGCGCGUAGGAUAACGUUGUUUUGCUCACGUGGGAUAUAAUUCGGAUGUUUCCCUGUUCAAUGCGUAAUUGCGAGUUUUAGUGUAUCUCUCCGAUUUCAUGUUUUUUAAUUAGUGUCUCUUGUAUGUUGUGCAUGCAGUGGAAAAUAAGUCAAAAGUUAAACAAUAUAGUCGAUGAAUUCACAGUAACGUUUGUUUAGGGUCGUUGCGAUAGUAUUUUAUUUUUAGUGUGUGUGUGUGCGUGUAUAAGUGCAUACUGGGAGUUGAUAUAUAACUACUAUUUUUUUCACCCAUGAAGAAUACAAGAUGGAAUGGGUUUUACGAAGUCCGCAGAUUCAUAGUACAUUCAGCAACCUUGGAUUUCCACAUGGAGAUGGAUAUCACGUGAACGAAAAUUGUAAUGCUGCUUUGGAGACAAUUCUUCAUAAUAUUUUAACAGAAGAUAAAUACUUGCGUACAUACCGCAGAAGUAUAAGUUUUGGACAGAACAUCAAAAAAGAUUUAAUACCUCUCUUACUUAAUGCCAAAGAAGAGUCAACCGUAGAACUAUUGAUUAGAAUCCUAGUCAACUUGACAAUUCCUAUCGAGUGUCUGUUAUCAGUUGAUGUCAUUUCAAGAAAUGAUUUUGGGAGGCAUACUAUUUUUGAAAUUAACAACUUACUUGGAUCUACAAAAGUUGCUUUCACUGAUCACCGGGCGACGAAAGUCGUAAUAGAAUUUUUAAAGAAGAAUGUUGAUUGCGAACAAAAAGCUAAAUUAACAGCAGAACAAUGUACAAACAUAAGUAACGGGCUUUUGUUACUACGGAACAUCUUGCACAUCCCGGAGGAACCCAGUGGCCAAAUUCCCAGCUACAGUGGGCCACCUCACGCUGUACAGAAUCAAAUCCUAUGGAACAUAUUUAGCCAAAGUAUUGAUAAAAUUCUCAUUAAGUUAAUGAUUAUUCCUGAUGCGAAUAAAUGGGCUGUAACAAUGGUUCAAUUGAUAGCUUUGUUGUACAAAGAUCAACAUGUUGUCACCCUGCAUAAGCUAUUGAACUUAUGGAUUGAGGCCUCUCUAUCAGAGAGUUCAGAAGAUAAUGAGAGUAAUACUUCUCCACCAGACAGAGGCAGCGACUCUUCGCCAAUGUGUACUUCUGAGCCAACAUCGGAUUCAUCUGACACGGGUGGCAGUGGCAAGAGUAAUGACGAUCCCAAUUCCGUAAACAAGGACUGGGAUGCAUCCUCGCAAAUGAACAACACUAGCGAGAAUGGUAAUCCACCGUUUCAGACAACCGAAGAGAAGGAAACAGAUUCGGGACAGAAAAAUACUUCCGCACAAAAUACCAAUGAAGAUAUUCUGCUAUCCGAUAGCGGCAAACCGACAUCGUGCAGCAGUGGUGUCCAAUCUAACAGGAACACCCAGGGUCCAGGUUCAGGCAAUACCGAGAAGAAGACGGUUAUAUCGGAAAAUUCUGACUGCGGCUAUGGUACACAAAUUGAAAAUCAAGAAUCAAUUUCGACGUCAAGCAAUGAGGAUGAGUUACCCACUAAAAAGCCAGUGCACCAGAAGCCGCACAACCCCAAGCAGCGCGCCAACAAGGCACGCUCCGGCGCCACCAUGCAGGACCGAAAGCGGAAGAAAAUCGUCAAGCGAGGCAAAUCUAACAUAAUAAACGUCCAGGGAUUAUCCCAUAAGACUCCCACGGAUGAUGACAUUUCUAAUGUAUUGAAAGAGUUCACAGUUGAUUUUCUUUUAAAGGGAUAUAAUUCUCUAGUACAGACUCUUCAUAAUCAAAUUCUCACCAACCUCCAAUUAGAAAUAGAUACAUCCCACUUCUUCUGGUUAGUCACUUACUUUCUGAAGUUCGCAACACAAAUCGAACUCGACUUGGAAAACGUGAACUCGGUCCUGUCUAUCGAUAUCGUGUCGUACUUGACAGCGGAGGGAGUCAAUCUCUGUGAACAGUUUGAGCUGGCCAUUAAACUUGAUGGUAAUGACCUGAAGCCCAACAUAAGGCGUUUACAUUUGGUAGUUACAGCUAUAAGGGAAAUAAUACAGGCUAUUGACGUGUAUAAAAAGUUUUCACACAUAUGCAAGGAUGACCAAGACGCACUUCUUAAGUUACAAAUUAAAAUGUGUGAGACUGAAGAGCUGAGAUCAUUGCUCGUGUUACUGCUGCGUCAUUACAAUCCGAAGUAUCAUUCCAAACAAUACCUACAGGACGUGAUAGUAACAAACCACAUACUCUUGAUGUUCUUGGACAGCGCAAUGAAGUUGCCAGAAUACAAUGGUUCCACCAAUAUGCUGGAUCACAUCAGACAGUUUGCUUCAUCUGAAAUAAUGUACCAGUAUGGGUUGCUGCUCGAGGACUACGCUGGCAACGGCGAAUUCGUUAACGAUUGCAUAUUCACCCUCAUGCAUCAUGUGGGCGGAGAACUUGAAAGUUUAAUUACUUUGUUUCAACCAAAAAUUUUGAAAACUUUUACUUCAAUUUGGAAAUCGGAAUUCGAAAUUUGUGAUGAUUGGUCUGAUCUUAUUGAGUAUGUUAUAAAUACUUUCAUCAAAAAACCACAUUCUCUACAAAGUACUGCAAACUUUCUACUUGAUACUGAUAGUUUUGAAGAUGUUAAGAUUGCACCAAAACCUAUCACUCCAGCGUCUCAAAGCAAACCAGAAACCGUCGAAGCUGACGAUAAGAAGAACCCGGCUAAUAAUAACACUAUUUGCACUUCCAAUGGAAAUGUAGAAUCCAGCGGGUGGACGGAGGACGAGCUUUCAUCGCUCAGUUGGAACUACAUGCAGUGCAGUGCUCUACCUGAUGUCGUCGGGGAAAUCAUCACGCUGUAUAAGGAAGAUGGCAUUAUUAAAUCUCGAGAUUCUGUUAUUAAAGAGCUUUACACACAAAAUCUUAUUAACAAAGAAGAUUACGAUAAAUAUGUCAAAGGAGAGACCGACAGAAAUGUUAAAACUGUACAGGUUAUGAAAGAAAUGAGAGAUGACGAAAUUAAUAAACUCUGUGAGCAGCUUACUCAAGAUGGAAAGUCGAAAUUUUUAGAUUGGGUUCAAAAAGUAUUACUGGAAACCUGUUACGUUAAAAUAUAUUUGGAUAAACUAGCUAGGAAUAGUGAAACUGACUGUGGUACAGAUGAAAAUGAAACAAAACUGACGAAGCUUAAGAAAACCAAUGAUAUGCAUAUACUGUCACCAGUCUCUUACCACUCCCUUCUUCUCAACCAAUCCAUACCAUUGGUCCCGUGGAACUGCAAGCAGGCGUCUAUCUGCAAGGAUCUCAAGUUCUUGCAGCUGCUACAUAAGUUAGGAUUUCACAUGCCAGUAGAUUCCGGAAAAGUUUUCAUCAGGAUUCCUCACUUUUGGACUGCUGAUUUUCUGUACGAUGUGGCUGGAAAAAUAUCGCCUAUAGAUAAAUCCAAACUCAAGUUCUCUAUUAAUGAUAUAUCGGACAACAGCAUAUCGAAAUCGAUGCAAUCUGAAAACCUGUUAUUGUUGCCUGACCUCACGAAGGAUAUCACUAUGAUGGAGAGUUCCGACAACUUCUAUCAAAUCCACAAGCAGAAACACCUCGCCACUAUGGUUAAUUUCACACCCAUGCCUGGAUCCUCGUUUAAUUCUGAAGGCGUCGAUGGUGAUAAACAGAACUGGUUGGAAGUAGUACAAAAAUCACAAGAGUACAAAAUAGCACUGAAGUUGGGAAGUAACAUAAUAAAGAACGAAGACGACGAUCAGUCGGACAUCGUGAUGCAGCUGCCCGUGAAGGACACGGAGGUGCCGGUGCCGCCGCUGCUGCUGGGCGGAGCGGCCGCCAUCGGCGCGCCCGCCGCCGCGCUCAUGAUGCCCACCAUCAUGAGCAUCAAGCAAGAAACCACACACUUCAACUUACCCGUCCCUGACUCGGAACAUUAUAGUGUAUGCGAGACGGCAUCAGUCGCUUCAGACCUGACUCGGAUGUACGUGUCGGACGAGGAUGAAAAGCCCGAAGUGGUGCGGCCGCCUAUCAUCGAAGUCAACCCUAUACCCAUUGUCGAUGAACCGUGUGGACAUUCUGAUGAAGACAGUGCUGGUAAACGCCCGCGCGUUAACUUUUUUUCCCCUUUUUAAAAUAAUAAUAUAUCGUAAGCGUAACUGUGUGUUAUUUAACAUUGUGAUGUGAUAGAAAAUAGAUAUCAUCCUUGGAAUUGUAUUAUAAUAAUCCUUUUCCUAGAAUUUGUGUUGUUACCAUUACACGUAUUUCCGCUUAUACAAUAAUAAAUGAUAUACGUUACAUAAUUAUAAGAUAAAAGGUUGCAUUUUUGCAAGACAUAUUUGUUGGACAGUGCAGUGUUAUUAUUACACAACUUCAUCUUAUGUACCGUACGUAGUAUCAAAAGAAUUUCCCGCCAUAGACAUUUAGUACUUUAUGCAUUCCUAAAUUUAAGCUACAUUGUAAGAUGUUUAAUUUGUAUUAAUCAUUACAUGAACAUUAUAUUUCUUGCGGUAUGGUAGUGAAGUUAUAUACAUGUAACUAGGUAUUUUCUGCACGAAUCCAUACAUUAAAAUAUAUUUUAAUUAAAUGUUUAAUUAGUUAUAGCGGAGUAAAUGGAUUUAGUAUAAA